AUGAGAGGGGUCGCUGAGGGGUUCAACAUCGACGUGGGCACUGCCAGGGUGUUCCUGGGGCCAGCGGAGUCCCAGUUUGGAUACCGGGUGCUGCAGUGGGGCAGUGGUGGGGACAAGGGGCUGCUCGUGGGGGCCCCGUGGGACGGGGACGGCCGAGGGGACAUCUACAGGUGCCACAUGGAACCCCCGAACUCCUCCUGCGCCAAGGCCAACCUCGGUACCCACGGGGAGGGGGAAAUUUGGGGGGCCUGUGCCCCGCUGUGGUCCCAGCAAUGCGGCACCUCCGUGUUCAGCCCCGGCCGCUGCGUCCAGCUGGACCAGGAGCUGCAGCUGGUGGCCACCAUGGCCCCCACGGCCCAGCGCUGCUCCACCUUCAUGGACAUCGUGGUGCUCCUGGACGGCUCCAACAGCAUCUACCCCUGGGAGGAGGUGCAGGCCUUCCUGGGGAACGUUCUGGAACGCUUCUUCAUCGGGCCGGGGCAGACACAGGUGGGGGUGCUGCAGUACGGGGAGCACCUGGUGCAGGAGUGGGCGCUGGGGCAGCACCGUGGGGGUGCUGCAGUGGGGGUGCUGCAGUACGGGGAGCACCUGGUGCAGGAGUGGGCGCUGGGGCAGCACCUACGGGGAGCACCUGGUGCAGGAGUGGGCGCUGGGCAGCACCCCACAGCCCAGAGCCUGCUGGAGGCCGCGCGGAACCUGACCCGGCAGGAGGGGAGGGAGACCAGGACGGCCAUGGCCAUCCGGGAGGCAUGCACGGAGUCGUUCAGCCCGGCGCGGGGCGGGCGCCCGGGGGCCGCGCGGCUGCUGCUGGUGCUGACGGACGGGGAGUCCCACGACGGGGACGAGCUGCCCGCGGCGCUGGCCGAGUGCGAGCGCCGCAACGUCACCCGCUACGCCAUCGCCGUGCUGGGGCAUUACCUGAGGAGGCAGCAGGACCCCGAGGAUUUCAUCCGGGAGAUCAAGUUCAUCGCCAGCGACCCCGAUGAGAAGUAUUUCUUCAACGUCACGGACGAGGCCGCCUCAACGAUCGUGGAUGCUCUGGGAGAUCGGAUCUUCAGCCUGGAAG